ACCUAGGAAGGUUGUGUUGUGCUACGCUCCCACUCUCUCGAUCUCUCUCUCUCUCUUUCUCUCAUAUACUCCCACAAUGUCUCAGUGUUGUGAGGUAGGCGUCGCUCCUGUCAGCUUAACAGUCUGGUGACCGUCGCCUCGGCGCUAAGUGCAAGUCGAGGGAGGAAAAAUUCAACUCAUUCUGUGUAAACUUGGAUAAGUUAGUCAAACAUAAGUUCGCUGCGUGCUAAGAACUAGAAACAAAAGGUGCCAAUGAAGUUACAGUGGUGAUAAUCUAGCUUAACUGUGACACACUGAGGAUACUCUUCCACCCCACUUGGAGGUCGCCAGUGGAUGUUCACCAGUGAGAGGACACACGCUGGAAAAUCUACGGUCUCCUCUACCCGCAUUUAACUAUCUCCGCGAUGUGGUUGGAUAUGCGGGUGGCGUGGGCCCUGUGCUGCGCCGUCAGUCUAGCCACUACUGGAGCAGUGGUGGUGGCGCCCUCGUCGCUUCACUCACCUCACUCCUCUCUGCACCCACCGCCACAGCAGCAGCAGCAACAGCAACAGCAGCAGUCUGGCCGCCGGGCGGGUAGAAGCACUGGAGGGGGCGGUGGAGGUGGCGGAGGUGGCGGCGGCGGCAGCGGCAGCAGCAGCAGCAGUAGCGGCACCCACCACCACCACCACAGCAGUAGCAGCAGCGGCACUAGUGGCAGUGUGAAGGGUGGCACUAGCCACCUGGGUAUGACGUUAAGCGGCAGCAGUAGCAGCCCCGUGGAACCUAUCAAGCCCCUGCUGGAUCUAAGUUCAGGGGCAGCAGGGGCAUCCAUCCUAACAAUGCCCCUACACCCAGUAUUCGACGAGGCUGCACCUCGUAACGUCUCCAGCCUGACUGGUAACUCAGCGUACCUACACUGUCUCGUCCACAACCUGGGCAACAAGAGUGUGUCGUGGAUCAGACAGAGGGAUCUGCACAUCCUGACGGUCGGCCGCUACACCUACACGACGGAUCAGCGCUAUGAGGUGAUCCACUCCCCGGGAUCACAAGACUGGAUCCUGAAGAUCAGUUACGCCCAGGUUCGAGACUCCGGCAACUACGAGUGUCAGGUGUCAACCAAGCCUGUCAAGUCCUAUAUUGUCCGACUCAACGUUUUCGGUAAGUCAGACAGAACUACUGGGUUGACACUUAGAGAAAUUAAAUCUAAGGUACUGACAACCCAGAUUUAA